GCGCUGGGGCCGGACGCGGCGGGCGGCGAUGGCAGCAGCAGGCGCGGCGCGGGGCUGAGCCCGGAGCCCGCAGCCCGCAGCCGCCGCGGCGCCCCGCCAUGGCCAAGCAGUACGACGUGCUGUUCCGGCUGCUGCUGCUCGGGGACUCGGGCGUGGGCAAGACCUGUCUGCUCUGCCGCUUCACCGACAGCGACUUCCACCCCUCGCACAUCUCCACCAUCGGCGUCGACUUCAAGAUGAAGACCAUAGAAGUGGAUGGUAUUAAAGUGCGAAUACAGAUCUGGGACACGGCGGGCCAGGAGCGGUACCAGACGAUAACGAAGCAGUACUACAGACGAGCCCAGGGGAUAUUCUUGGUCUACGACAUCAGCAGCGAGCGCUCCUACCAACACAUCAUGAAAUGGGCCAGCGACGUGGAUGAGUAUGCGCCGGAUGGGGUCCAGAAGAUCCUCAUCGGGAACAAAGCGGACGAGGAGCAGAAGAGACAAGUGGGCAGGGAACAAGGUCUGCAGCUGGCUAAAGAGUACGGCAUGGACUUCUACGAAACAAGUGCCUGCACCAACUUCAACAUUAAGGAGUCCUUCACCCGGCUGACGGAGCUGGUCCUGCAGGCUCACAGGAAGGAGCUGGACGGACUGCGCUCGUAUGCGGCGGACGAACUGAACUUGGCCGAGCUGGAGGACGAGGAGUACAAACCCGAGGGGGUGGAGAACUCUCCCAAAGCCUGCUGGUGCUGAAGGGCCUCUCUGCUGCCUGGGUCUCCCUACCCUGCCGCUGGCCUGCUCCACUCCCUGCGCUGCUGGACUCUCCUCGGGCUCCCUGGUCUGUCUCCUUUGCUCCUCUGCCAUGCUCUGUAGGUUCCUCCCGACAUGCUGUGUGUGCCAGAUGUCCCGGUGCAUUUGUGUCUCUCCCUCCCCCACAACCGGAGCAGGAUCAGCCUCGUGUGCGGCCUUCCUAGGAGGCACCCACAGGCGCCGGCUGGGCUUUGGCUCUGGCUGCAUUAUCCAGGGAUUGCUUUCUUGUGCUCGCAAGGACUCCACUUCGCUGCAGAGUGAAGCGGCCGGGCCCCACAAGUAACAUGGGCAGAGAGACUCUGGGAAUCGCCUCUCCUGCCCUUCCACUGUCAGCGUGCCCUUCUUCAGGUGGGGCAUCCAUGGCUGCGGCUUCAUAGAGAGGCUUUGUGGACAUGCAGCUCUGGCUGUCUCAAACACUCUGCCUCCUUCUGCCAGUGUCCCCGGCGUCGCCAGCCUGAAGGCUCCCGGCUGGGAGCAGCGCUGCCACAGACGCCUGCCCAUGCGGUGGGUGGCGCUGGGGCUGCCUGGGAGCAAUAACCUCCGCCAAACUCUCCCCACCUGCUCAGCUUCCUGCCAUCUGGUGCCCAAACAGGAAUCUGGGAGCCCUAGAGAAGUGGCUGGCCUUCCCAAGAGGCUGAUCCCUUCCAGCUCUCGGCGGGAGCUGCGGCUGGCCAGUGCCUCUGCGAAUGGGGCCACUCCUCUAGGUGCCCAUGCUGGGUAUAGGGGCCUUGUGGCCAGCUGCUGAGCUCCCUGUGGCUGGUGAGUGAGGGGGACAGAGGAGGCAUGGCAUGUAACUCCACAGGCCUGUCCUCAGCCGCUCAGUGCCAGUGUGGGCUCUGAGGCCAUCCUGGGCCCUAAUGGGGUCACUGCUGUACUGCCCAGAGACUCCCAAGAGCUCUGGCAGCUAGUGGAAGGUGUCCCUUGGCUCGUCUUGGGUUGCCUGGGCUGGGAGGCAGCAAGAUGCCAGACCCUGGGAUCGUUAGCCUGGCCGGGGGGCUAAUGAUCUCCGGAGGUUUGUUUGGCCAUGUCUCCCACAGGCCCGGGUAGAGGUGAACCCCUUGGGAAGACGUACACCGAGGCCUUCCUCCACUCUGGACUGGCCGAGGAGAGUCACGUCACGAGUCACUCAGGCCACGUGUCCAGUUGGCUGGAUCCUGGAGGAGCUGUCUGCCACCUGUUUAUUGCCCGCCCUGCCGGCCAUCCGGAAUGUGGCAGAGAUUUAGAGACAGUGCUGGGUCGCCCCAUCCUGUUCCCGGCUUUUGCCUGGCUGGCCCAAGGCCUGGUGCAUUUGGCAUGUUCCCAGGCUCUUGAAUCUGAUCUGCCAUCUUCCCCUGUGGGACUGGGCCUGGCCCAGCCGGGGGUCAGAGAACAUCUCUGGUCCGUGGCCAGACUGAGUCUCUGCACUGCAUGGUUCUGAGCCCAGUUCCCAGCCUGCGUCCAGAAGCUUCCGCAGGGUGGCCUGCAAUUACACGCAGGGCAGUGAAACGGGGGCUGCCCUGUCCAUGCCACUGGGAGCUGAGCUGUAAGGCAUAUCCCUGCUGGCGCUGCUCCUUGCCAGCCAAUGCCCGGCUGGCAGACAGACCCUGCUUGCUUUGCGCUCUGCCCCUCUGUCCGUUUCUUAGGAGGCUCUUCAGAGCCAGCAGACACCACUUAACCAGCCGGGAAAUGGGUUUGUGCCCCCCACAAAAUGUGUUAAAUUGUGCUCUUUAUUUUCCACCCCUUCCCCCUUCUGGUGUCUGAGAAUCAGGGGAUUGUGGGAGCCUCAGGAGGGAUAGGGGUGGGGGUCUCACUUUGCAAGUAUUAACCGUUUCUGUGCCAGUGCUGGCAGUUACCCACUACACCAAAGGUGGUGUCAGAUGUAUGGGCAGGAUUGAGUGUCUUCCACAUGCCCUGCUCGAGGAGGAGAGCUGAGCUAAUCAGAGGCCUUGGCUAUGGCCCUCCCCCACCAUCCCUGGUCAUCUGAGGCCCUGGGCAGGGCAGGCGUGGGAGAGGGCUGCCUGCUGCAGUCCACUCUAUUGUCCUGCCACAAGGGGGCGCUCACCGUAAAACCCAGCGGGGACAUGGGGCAGCAGCAGUGCCCUGCAGGAAAGCAGGCGCUGAAGAGAGAGGGCUGGGAUGCGUUCGGCUCGGCCCUCCCGCCCCUCCUUGGGCCGCUCGCCGCUGGCGAGACGCCCCGGAGCCCUCAUCUGAAACAAGGGGGAAGCAGGGACUCGCAGAGCACUGCAAAGGGGAGAAUGCUGCGGGCGAAGGCUCUCUCCGUGCCCCUGCCAACGGGCAGUGGAUGGGGGCGGAGCAUGCUGCUGUGGGAGGGGGAGAGGGCGCCCGUCAGAUCCUUCCUUCCUGCUAGGGUCGCCCCGUCCAGCAGGGAUCUAGGAAUCCACCCAUGUAUGUCCACACUCAGCUUCAAGGCGCAGAUGCUGUGCUCUGAACCGAGCUGGGAGCUGCUGCUGCCAGAGGUCAUUAGGCUCUGGCUCGCUCUCCCCUCGCUGCAUGGCUUCUGGGGGGCUCCACGUAUCCGCGAAGGCAGCACUGACUGCCCCACGCAGGAAGCCUUGGCUCUGUGGGUCGGCGGGCCUGCUUCUCUGAGGCGUUGCCUGGGUAGGUCCUGUUGCUGGUGCUGGACCGAGAGGCGAUGGUGUAAACCUCUCUGCAGCUGCUGUGUUGCUGAGCUGGCUCGGUGCAGAGCGCUGUGAGUUACCCUGAUGCCAGGUGGCAGUAAGAUUGCACUAUGGGCGGUCAGAUUCCUAGAGAAAUGCUCCCAGCUCCUUGAUCCAAUUCCUCCAGGCUUCCUCCGGUGCAUGGAUACCGCAGGGCCCCUCUGAGCCAGGCGUCCUGCCUGCCCCAUGUCCUGUUAGCCAUGGAUCUUUGUCUCCAGCAGUGACUGUCUGUGCAUCCCGUCCUGAGGUCCUGUUUGAAAACACAAAGCUGCCCCCGUGAGUCCUCGGCUGUGUGUGUCCGUUCCGCCCGUGGCGCCUUCUGCCCGCCCGGGGGGCCUCGUGUGACCUAUUCCUGGAGUUCAUUAUUUUAGACGCACAUGUUUACAAAAUAAAGGUGAUUUCAAACUGGG